GUGGAGUGCCAGGUGUGGAGGGCACAGGUGUGGUGCUGGCGGAGGGGCGGCCCUGCAGGUGUCUCAUUGACUGGUGACGGGGAUGCGAUUGACCUCCGGCCGCGCAGUCACCGUUGCUUCACGAGGCCAGCCUCUCUACUACGGCGGCGGCUCGCACCAGGGGAGCUGUGUGACCUGCCGCAGGGGGUGUUUGCCCCCGUGGGCCGUGCCUGGGGAGUGCCUAGUGCUUCGUGGAGUGUGUGUUGUCAUCAUAGUUGACGGAAAUGCUAUUGAUCAGAAGAAAGGAAGUUAUCGGGUAAGACAGGUGAGAUCAAUAGGGCCGCGCCAUGUGCUCGCCCCACGUGGGUUUGUAUACGUUCCGGCCCGCAGGAGAGGUGGCCGGCGGCCCAGGUGCUCCUCGGGGCCCCGCGGGGAGUGUGGCUACCGGGGGCGUCUCUCGCCGCUGCGCCGCUCCCUGCCAUCUAAACACGCCGUAGGUCCAACAAUGGCAGCCCCCAACGCCACUGGAAUAGUGCCUCUCAUUCCAGGCCUGGAACGGCCGGGCCGCGCGAUGCCGGCUGCAGCUUUGCGAGGCAGGGCGCUGUGGCGGUGUUUUCAGUGGUGCCGGUGCUGUGGGCGCCACGCGGGGCCCAGCAAGGUGCUGACUGCUUCGUCUAGUGCUCGUCUCAACCAUGAAUAACACAGCAAAAGCUGCUUUUUGUGCAUGUAAACAAAGAGUGCCUGGCCGAGCAUCCCCGGCCGAGCUGCGUACUGGGGUGCGCGAAGUGUAACCAUACAAACAUGGACGUCUGUGGAAGGGCAAGUCUCGUGAUUUUGUGAAAAUUUAGUGACUUCUCGCUUGGCCAGGGCUCCGAGGGUGCGACCAGGAUCGAGAUUAAGGUAUUGUUGUUAGUCUGGUGCAACCGCCGCGGUGCUGGAGGACGUGGCCACGCCGCUAUAGAGAGGAGAUGAGCGAGCCCGAGGCAGGCGAGGGGGCCGGGGCCGGGGGGGAGCGCGGCGAGAGUCCGGGGCUGGGCGGGUGCGGGGCUGCGGGUCCUCCAGCUGCUGACUCGCCCGCCGCCACCACGGCUGUCGCUGCCUCGCCACUCUGCUCAUCACCACCGUCCCCAGCCCCAGAGCCCGACGACCCCUCGCCGACCCCCGAGCGCGCCUCAGUCGCGCGACACGUGCCCCCGCGCCCGGACCACCUCGCCCCCGCGCACCACCCGCCGCUCUCCCUCGCCACUCACCACCACAGCCCCGACCCCGACGAUCCCGACGACGACCCCGACCUGCAGCCGCGCAUCCUGCACACCCAGACGGUCGCCCUCCACCACCCGGAGGACGACUCGGAACUUUCGCCCUCGGCUCACGUGAACUACAAGGACGAGCCGCUCAGUGUUAGUGUUGUGCACGAGGACUCGCAGUUGGACUCCCAUGACUCAGGUCUGCUGAGUCCCAGUGAACUUUCUCCCCGCGAAGGUCAGGUUAGUGUGCCCAGCAUGAUCGACGCGUCGGACUUCAGAUCCCUCCAGCCGGAGCCCAUCUACCAGAACUUGUCGUCGAUGAACGGCCGCAUGUCGCCGCCGGGGUUCUCGCCGUCGUCGGCCAGCAGCUACGCCACGCUGACGCCGCUGCAGCCGCUGCCGCCCAUCAGCACGGUGUCGGACAAGUUUGCGUAUGGCCACGCGGGCAACGUGUCGGGCAGCUUCACGGUGAUGCAGAACAACGGCCUGGGCAACAUGCUGUCCAUGGGCUCGCCUUACCAGUACGACAAGCUGUCCAUGUCCCCGCCGCACUACACCACCAACAACAGCCUGGGCCUCAACCUGGGCCACCAACACUCGCCCCUGUCGCCACACUCCUACCAGAAUGGCCUGGCGUCCCCACAGAAGUCCCUCAGCCCCAACGGCUACGACUCCCCCUACACCAGGCAGGACAUGAGCCGCACCACGCUGGCGGCGCCACAGUCCCCAACACUGUCGCCGCCCGUGUCCCCUUCACUCGCCGCCUCAAGCUUUGCCACCCUCAACAUGAACGGCCUGUCCGGGGGCAGCGGGCUGGGCUCCCUCUCCCCGCAGGCAGUGUCUCCCCACAGUCCCAACUACAGCCCGCACCACCAGCUGCAAGUGCCGCCGUCACCGCCGCCCAUCAAGCAGGAGCCCGCCGUGCACAGCGCGAGUCUGGGCUGCCAGCUGGCCAACAUGACGCCGACCAUGCCGACCACCAUCUCCCAGAGUCCACCACACGCCCACAUGGCCGUCACCAUGGCCCAGCAGGCCAUGGUUCCUGCGGCCCCCAUGUCGGUGGCCACGGCCUCGGUGGGCGGCCCCCAAGUGCCCAUGAAGACAUCACAAAUGGCAACCACGAGCGCGGGCAGCGUGGGCGCGGGAGCGGGCGAGGUGGAAGAAAUCAACACCAAAGAACUGGCGCAGCGAAUCUCUGCCGAACUGAAGCGGUACUCGAUCCCGCAGGCCAUCUUCGCCCAGCGUGUCCUGUGUCGGUCUCAGGGCACGCUGUCCGACCUGCUCAGGAACCCCAAGCCCUGGUCCAAGCUCAAAUCUGGCCGCGAGACCUUCAGACGCAUGUGGAAGUGGCUGCAGGAACCAGAAUUCCAGCGGAUGUCAGCCCUCAGAUUAGCAGCAUCGAUGGUCACAGGUACGUCAUCAGUGGCCCAGGAGGCGCCGCUCGCUACCCCAGCCCAGUGUCGCCAGAAUUACGGUGGGUACGGCUAUGGAGGCGAAGCAAACCGGCCAGCUGGUGGAGAUUCAGCAUACUACCAAGCCUGCAAAAGGAAAGAGGAGCAGCAAAACCACCCCCGACCAGCAGCCUGCGCCCAAGAAGCCACGUUCUGGUUUUCCACGGACUUACAGCGUCGUACACUGCAAGCUAUUUUUAAGGAGACGAAGCGGCCCAGCAAGGAGAUGCAGGUGACCAUCGCGCGGCAGCUUGGCCUGGAGCCCUCCACCGUGGGGAACUUCUUCAUGAACGCUCGCCGCCGCUCCAUGGACAAGUGGAAGGACGACAACGAGAGCGGGUCAAAGAUGUGCGGGCUGGCCCCGGGGGGCACGAUGGUCCACGUGGCCCAGGUGCCCCAGGUGAGCAACCAGACCAAUACCAUGGCGGGCCACUGCCUGGACGAACACGACUUGUGACAGGCUACACCGCAGCCCCUGGUCUACCUGGCGCCGCAAUAGCCGCGCAGCCCACGCCCAUCAGCAACUGCUACGGGACAGGCGCCCGCGGGCACCCUCAGCAAUAGCGCGACCCCCGAGGGUCCGCCCUCCGGGCCCGCCCCCGGCACCCGCCUCGCCCCGCCCGCACAGUACAAGCAAGCAGCCCGUCAGGGGCGCGGUGGUGGUGGCCCGCACGCCCACACACACCACAGGUCACUUCAGGUCACAGCAGACGAUGCUCGGUCAGGGCGGGAAGGUUCCAGCCAACAAUGAUCUCAGCACAUUCCGCAUCGGUCACUAGUCACGCCAAGAUGGAUUUGUCAUAGUUAUAAGUUUACCCUCAUAUUAGUAUAGAGCAAUUUGAUGUUGAUUAUUUAUUUUUAUGUAUUUAUUGUGUAAGUCACCAAGUAACUCAGUUUUGUAAGUGAAGCCUCAGUCACGGGGCGCCGCUGCGGGAAGCGGGCGGCGCCCCCCACGAGUCUAGUCACACUCUAUUCCGUUUCGUCGAGGUCCCGCGGGGCCGCCCAGUCAUCGGUUACCACUCCUAGUCAGGGUUCUGCCAUUCCAACCAAUCAAAGCUCACAUCUGCUAGUCAAGGUGAAUUCGUAAACAUUCCAAAACUUUGCCAAAGAAUGGAAACAAAUUGUACUUAAAGAGUAUUUUGUGAAGCUGUGCUAAAAUUUACACAUGUACUUAAUUUAGUGUUGCUAAUUUAUUGAUAAUUUAUUUUACCAUGUUUAUGUAAUAAGUUUGUUAUACUAUAUUUUUAUAUUAGGGAAGAGUGGAGGCGGCUGGGGGCGGGGCGAGGCGGGGCGGGGUGCCCGGCGCGCCCCGUCCCGCCCCGCCCGCCCCGCCGCUGUAGUGUUUUGUGUUCAGUGUCUGGCCGGGGCGACGCUGCCUUAACUAACUCAAUUACCAUUUUUGUGUUGUCGCUUCAUGUGAUGAGUUGGGUAUGUGACGCCGGCGGCUCGGCGCUAACAAGAUUGAGAUGAAAAUUUAUGUUAAUCUGCAGCGCCGCACCACCCAGUCAGUCAAUCAGUGAGUGUGGGCGGGCCGCCCUGCCCCUCCCAGGCUGGGGGACGCCUCUACCAAAUAUUAUUUUUUUGUUGUAUUUUUGUUGAUGUACUUAAGACUUAACCGUUCCAUUAUGCGGCGCGGCCCGGCGCGGCGCGGGGCACAGGUGUCGCCGCCGCCGCCACACUCACGCUGCUUUCUACUUCUUAAAAAUUCCGUUUCGACCCGUAACCCCAAAAGUAAACAGCGCCUCAGUGCGCGCCCUCCCGCGCGGGGCUGGGAAGGAGGCCUCGCGCCCCCCGCCGGAACCCGUGCCUCGUGCAGGGACUUCUCCUCCUCCCCCCAGGUCUGGCACGGCAGCAGCUGGCUGGCCCGGUCCCGCCACGCCCCGAGGCCCCGCCACCCGGCCUCCCCGUGUAGUGGAGUUUGUUUGCCCUUCAUUGUUUGGGUGCUUUGCACACUGUUAUGAUUGUUUGUAAGUCAUGAGCAACUGAUCGCGGAGUCAGCACGGCGCUGCCGCCUGACGGGCGCCGCCCCGGAGCCAGCAGCCGCCGCCGCCACACCCGAGGGACGAAUCAAAACACUGCUGGAGCCACUCGGUGGACCUUCACAAACAAGGCACCACGCCACCGCUGUGGUCAGUUCCGCUGCUGCUGUCGUUUCUACACAAAAUUUCAAACAUUUCCCAACACUCCUUCACCUGGACGCGUCCCUCGGGGGCAGGGGGCCCGGAGCGGCGCCCCGGACCCCCUGCCCCCGUCCCUCCCUGUCCCACAAGUACGCAUGACGGACUUCCUGUUACGUCACUAAGCAAAGGCGAAUAUAUGCAUUCUUUUACACUUUUAUAUAGAGACUAAUCUUUGUGGUAGGUUCCUUCUGUGGCAGCAUGUAAACAAGUGACCUACGCUGUAAACAUUGAAAAAAAAAAGGUGGUACCAUUUUACAAUUAAGGCAUUUCUGUCUCGUUUCUACUUAAUCUCUGUUAGACUCAGUGUCUUGAGUUCGUUCAAAACCGUCAUGGUGGUUUAGUACAAGAAUUUGGGCGAGUCGACCAGACACUGUACAGCUUUGUGAAUAGCUUAGUUUUUUUAGCGCGU